AUGAUGGAGGAAAAUUGCACCACUGUGACAGAGUUCCUUCUCCUGGGAUUGUCAGGGAUCCCUGAGCUGAGAGUCUUCCUCUUCCUAUUUUUCCUUCUAAUCUACAGCAUCACAGUUUUUGGGAACCUGGGUAUGAUUGUGGUCAUCCAGCUCAGCUCUCAGCUUCACACCCCCAUGUACUUUUUCCUCAGCCACUUGUCCUUUGUGGAUUUCUGCUACUCCACCAUCAUUGUGCCUAAGAUGCUGGACAAUAUCAUCAGCAAGCAUAAACCCACUUCCUUUGUGGGGUGCAUUAUACAGUUCUAUUUGUUUUGCACUUGUGUGGUCACUGAGGUGAUCCUACUGGCAGUGAUGGCUUAUGACCGCUUUGUGGCCAUCUGCAAGCCCUUGCUCUACAUGGUCAUCAUGUCCCAGAAGUUCUGUGUGGAGCUGGUAUCUGGCUGCUACCUGUGUGGGGCAGUGUGUUCUCUGAUUCACACAUGUUUAACUCUGGAGAUCCCGUCCUAUCGAUCCAAUGUGAUUAACCACUUCUUCUGUGAUCUACCUCCUCUCUUAUCUCUUGCUUGUUCUGAUGUCUCUAUGAACAAACUGUUGCUGUAUAUUGUGGCCUCUUUCAAUGAGAUCAGCACUAUGGUGAUCAUCUUCACUUCCUACUUGUUCAUUCUCAUCACCAUCCUGAGGAUGCGCUCUGCAGAGGGAAGGCUCAAAGCCUUUUCCACCUGUGCCUCCCACCUCACAGCCAUCAUUGUCUUCCAUGGAACAAUCCUUUUUAUUUACUGCCGGCCAAGCUCUGGCAACAGUCUGGACACAGACAAGAUAGCCACAGUGUUCUACACUAUCGUGAUUCCCAUGCUUAACCCUCUGAUCUAUAGCCUGAGGAACAAGGAUGUGAAAGAAGCUCUCAAGGAAAUGGUGGACCCCAAACUGUUUUCCAAAGGAGCACUUUCUUAG